AUGACGCAGAGAAAGGCGGGGACUGCCACGUCACUUUCGCCGGCUUUGAUAGCAAACGGUGUCGUCUACACUGGCCGAUCUACCUGGGAAGACAUCUCACCUCAAGGUCCCUUUACCGCCAUCACCAAGCGAACCCUCUACAUCCACAACCCCCACUCCUACCCCGUCGCCUUCAAGGUCAAGACCACCGCUCCCAAGCAGUACUCUGUGAGGCCCUACUCGGGGCGUAUCGAGCCGGGAGACAGCGUUGAUGUGAACAUCAUGUUGCAACCCAUGGCCGAGGAACCGCCAGCCCACGCCAAGUGCAAGGACAAGUUCUUGGUCCAGUCUGCAUUCAUCCACGCCGAUGACGAAGUGCGCUCUUUGUCACAGAUGUGGACUCUGCUGGAACAGACCAACAAGGCCGGUAUCGAGGAGAAGAAGCUCAAGGUUGUCUUCUUGGCCCCCGAAGGUCAGGCCGAUGGUCAGGGUAUCCCAGAGGAGAUGGAAGAUAGCAGAAUUGAGGAAUCAUUCAACGAUCCCCACGAUGGUCUUACAAGGUGGACCACCAAGCCCGAGAAAGAGUAUGACCCUGCCUUGUUCCCGAACAAAGGGCUUUCCGUCUGGGAAGACCCUUGCAACAAGCCUAUCUACGUCCCAAAGGCUCCCGUUCUCCACAAGCCCGUCACUGUUGGUACCCAUCUCGUCUAUGCAUCUUCCAUCUUUAAGUCGUUCAACAUUCUCUUCGGCGCUGACCGUAAUCAUGUGGUCAAAGAGGUUACGUCAUCAGCGGAAAAGUCAUGA